AUGGAAAGUUCUAUGGAGAAGGAACGAUUUCUCCUGCGAAAACUUGGACAAGAAGAACGUGCAGAUUUUUUGUAUCAGCAAAGAGGUAUAAUCAAAAAGCAUAUCUUAAAUGCAGAAGAGAUCAUCUUUGACACAGAUGAAGACAUAUCAUGUGUGCGCAAUUUCAUCGAAGAGCGCUAUCGUCUUCACUUUGGCUUAGACAGAGACGGUCAUCCCAGAGAACUUUCUGAGGAGGAAAAAAAGGAACGUGACUUUCUGCUCGACAACUCUAUGUUCAUAACUAGAGUUAUAUUGCGCAUGCAUAAUCUGGAACCGGAUGACUACAUAGCAAUAUGUGUGUCUGAUAUGAUCGCAGCCAUGAGCAUUCAUACGAAACCUUACGAGCGUGUCAGAGCAUCGAGUCCUCCCCGCCAUGAUUUCAGCGAAGACGGACCGCUCAUAGAACUACCUUGGUCAGAUGAGGGAGAAAUGGGUAAUGACGAAAUUCUAGAGAGUGAGGAUGUAGAAGUCAAAAAAGCUAUGCAACCAAAACUAAAAUUUCAAGCAGUCGACACGACCCAAAGUGAGAGCGCGGAUGGAGAUGAAAAAAAGCAUGAAAUAUUGUUCGAUUGGUCCGAAGACAUAUUUCCAGAUGACGAUAAUGCGGUUGUAGGAGAGAAACGUCCGCUAGAUGUACUUGACAUCUUAGACUUGCCUUUAAAGCGAAGGGCGGUAGAAAGAGACGGAUUUGUCGAGCAAAAGCCAAUGGAAACAACUCCACCACCGUUGCAAUUGCGAUCAUGUUUAAGAUAUCACGAAGAGAUUUUAACUGACGUAAAUGAAGAUCAAUUGCCUGUGAAGGAACGAAUCAAAUGGCGUGAAGCAUUUGAGUCGCAUUCAGCAAAAAAGAAGUCUGUGCAUUUUGCGGGUAAUGCUUUACUCUUUCGUUAUACAGUUAUGUCUUUGCUGUUUUGAAA